AUGAUUCGAUCAAGUACUACUAUUCGUGAAACACCUUCUCCAGAGGUCAAAGCAUUGAUUGAUACGGAUUUUCAAGGCACUAUCACAAUGAAGUGGGAAACGGAAGUUAGUAAACAAGCUCUUACACCUAUUUGCAGUACCAUCAUUAACAGAAUUUUGAAAGAACGGGUAAGAAAGUUUACUGCUAUUAGCAAUGAGGAAGCGGAAUCAUUGUUGCCACUUUUUUCCAUUUCAAAGGCUGGCGAUGUUAUUAAUCUCACCAUGUCAAACAUUCAAGAAGUUGUGGUUAAUCAGAAAAUGACGGAAAAGUUGCAAACUGCCAACAACAAGGCACCGAAAGGGACAGGUUACAAACUGCCAGUACACAGCAAGCAUUAG